AUGACUCUCCUCACUAAUAACCUCAUACGUGAUGUCCUAAAAUACUCCUCCUCGUGCAAAAACACGUCUUAUUAUAAUAUUAAUCCACCGUUCAAACUCCCGAGCGAUAACCUCAUGACGAACGUGUUCAACUUCACUUUCCUAACCCUCACGUUCGUCGUGUGCAUUUACGAAGCCCCGACCGAUAUCCGAGCCUCGUGGCUCAGAGCGCUCGGGGACCAGUUCGCGUGCCCCGAGGCUCGGGAGGUCUCCAAGGACCUCAUGAGGCUACUCGGGUCCAACACAGAGGAGAUUUGGAUGCGGUCCGUGAACCUUGCUAUCACGAACUGGAUUCGAGAGCUACGGGACUCGGGAGCGGGACUAGGGACGCCGAGUCGUUUGUUUUCGUACUCGUUAUCGAAGUUCGGGCUGUGGAAGGUCCAGCUGUACUGCCCCGUCAUCGCGAUGGACGUGGAGAAGUCGAGCGGCGGAGAGAUGUCGCCGGACGAGGGUUUGGGAUUCUCGCUGAAUCAUCAUCAGGUGGAAGGGGUCAUCCAGUUGAAUUAUAGGGUGGAUGUUAGGGAGAAUUUGGUUGAGGUCAUGGUCAACACGGAUAACAUAAGAUGUGACGUCGUCAAGCUCCUAACCGACGCGCUCAUGAACGAACGAGGGGCCGGCGCCUCCGAGAAGCACUUCCCUUCGCGAAUCUCUCUCCAGGUAACCCCACGCACCAUGCAGUCCGACAUCAUUAGUGUGUCCGUUAGCAAGUCGUCAGAGAACAACCCGACCGAGAUUGGGCUCGAGACGGGCCUCGAGGCCUCUUUCGAGCCACCCACCGGCAUUGGCCUCCAUUUCUCGGCCGGCGAGACCCUCACCACAAGCCUAAAGCCGUGGAAGUUCGAACAGUCAGUCCACGGAAACACUGCGAAUCUGAAUUGGUUUCUGCAUGACAGUGUAAACGGCAGAGAGGUCUUUUCAUCCAAGCCUUCUAAACUGGCUCUACUUCACCCAAGGGCGUGGUUCAAAAAUCGAUACUCGAGCGUCCACAGGCCGUUCACGAGGCAAGGAGGUGUGAUCUUUGCGCGAGACGAGUAUGGGGAGAGCGUGAGUUGGAAGGUGGAUAGGGGUUGCAUGGGGGGUGGGGAUGGAGGAGUUAUGGAGUGGGAGAUCAAUGGUUGGAUUUGGUUGACCUAUUGGCCUAAUAAGCGUCGGACUUUCUAUACCGAGACUAAAAGACUGGAGUUUAGAGAAGUUGUUCAUCUUACUUUGGCUUAG